AGGUGUGUUCUCAAUCCACCUGCUCCACCUGGAGCUGUCAUCUCCGUGGCAAACGGCAAUCCGUAAGCUUUGAAACACACUCAGCAGAACCAGCAUGGCGGGGGUGUGUGUCCCCGAGGGUUUAGACCCAAAAGAGAUGGGUGAGGAGGAACUGUGGGAGCUGAUUAAUGACAGCCGCCACCGGAUCUCAUUAGGAGUGCGACCAUGUAUCUUGAUCCCGUACCUGAGGCAGGCCAGGGUUCUCAGUGAGAUGGACGAGGACGAGAUCCUCUCCUGCCACAACCUCACCAACCGCUGCAUGAGAACAAGCCACAUGCUGGAUCUGCUGAGAACCCAGGGAAAGAAUGGUGCUAUGGCCUUGCUGGAGAGCUUAAUGAUCCACUACCCAGCCCUCUACACCCAAGUGACUGGACGCAAGCCCAGCACUGAGCCCUCGAGAUUCAGUGGCCUGAUAAAAUACUCAGAGCUCACAGAGUAUCUGGUCAGAGCCGUAACAGGGAUGCAGAAGGAGCUGCAGGAGGCCCGUAGCGAGGCCGGCAAAAUGAGCACACGCUGCGCCUCCCUGGAAGCGGACAUCAGUCAGAUGAUGGAGCAGGAGGAGAGGUCCAGAUCCCUUCAGGCCUACAACGAACGGAUCCAGAGACACUUGUGCUCUUUGCAACGCGAAGUCACCAAGCUGAAAGACGAGAAGUGCGAUUUGUACAUACGCUACACAGCAGCGAUCGAGGAGAAAUCAGCUGUGAACGAGCGGCUCCACGAUCUAAACCUUCAGGUGUAUCAGCUGCAGACCGAGCUGCAAAAUGCCCAAACAGAGAAGGAAUUCCAGAGGCGGCGCUCGCUCAGGUCUGUAUGUCCUGAGACACCAGAGCUGCACGAGGAAGUUAGGAGCCUGCGCUGCCAGCUGGCAAAGGCAGAAAAACUAGACCUGGCUCGUCAGGACAUCCUGGCCCAGGACCUGGCGGAGGCCAUAGACAGUCAGGUGGAGCUUGCAGAGCAGCUCAGGUCUUACAGGGAGGAGAACGAACAGUUGCUCAGAGACAAACAAGGGCUCUUGGAUCAGAAGGAGUGUCUGAGCCUGCAGGUGCAGCAGCUGACUCUGGACUGCAAGAUGCACCAGCAGAAGAGCACUGUGAUCCAGAACCAGAUGAAAGAGCUAAAGGCCGAGAGGGACCAGGCAUAUCAGUCCAGGGACGAAGCCCAGGCCAUGAUCGCCCGCAUCCUGGCUGAAAAGGACACCCUGAGGUGCCAGCUGGUGGAGCUCCAGGAAAAAGUAUUCAGUCUACACACCAAGCGAAGCUCCACAGGACAACAGAGCUCUGAGGAGACGAAGGGCAGCUGGGACAGCCCGAGAUCCAGCUGCGAUGAAUCCCCCGUAUCAUCUCGACGCAGACUUUGCCGCAUGGAUGCACUUAAUCCUUCAAGGAUUUUUUGCAAUUCGGAGUGCGAAGAUUUUGCAGCGUGUAGUGUCCGAUCCCGAAAGGCAGAGCCUCCCAGUCCAGAGUCGCUCCGCCGAAGGAAGGAAGUUCUGCAAUCAGAGAGCAGCUCAGAGCCAGCAGAGGCUGACUGUCUGUCAGACGACUUUGUGUUCCUCCCCCGCGUGGUGAAUGACGACAAGCAGACGCCCAGGCUUCCCUCCUGUAGUGACUCAAGCUCUUACGGCCUGUCAAGAACCUCACCCCCUCCCUUCCUGAUGCGUUCUCGUCCAAAAGCGAUCCGUAUCAGUGGCAGAGUCAUCAGCAUCUCCUUCCAGGGCGAGGCGCUGCUCACCCAGCUGACAGUAGUGGGGGGCAAUAAGACGGGAGUGUUUGUGCAUGAGGUGACUGAGGGAAGUGCGGCUCACACUGUUGGCAUCAGCCCUGGGGCUCAGAUAGUGGAGGUGAAGUACGAGAAGAAUCAGAAGGCUCUGAGGAUGGUGCUGGAGGAUUCCACUUUAGAGGAAGCUAUGUGGGCUCUUGGCCAAGUUACAGGAGUCUGUCACCUCUCCCUCCGGCCAAGGCAGGAUGACUAUGAGGCGCUGCUGCAGCAGCUGCAGAGCUGUGAGACAUCAUCGGGCGACUCUUUCUACGUACGCGCCAACACGUCCCUCCCUGCUGGCCCUGGGGGAACCCUGACUGUGGUCUGUAACGACAUCCUGCACGUGACCAACACGCGACCCGCCGGCACUGACGAUUCGUGGCACGCCAGUCACGUUCAUCCGUGUCAGCUGCUGGACCUGCAGAGUGGAACUGUUCCCAAUUAUUACAGGGCACAGAGACUUCUGAUUCGAGCUAUUGAAGAUAUGAGCUUUCAAGCGAAGAAGUUUGAAAAGGGUGGACGUGUGAUGGCCCAGAAUACACAGAAGACAGUGAGGAUUGUCGGCACCGGGCGCCAGGGCAGGAACCCACUGUGGGUCAGCGUGGAGGAGGAGGAGGAGGACAGCAAGAGUGCAGAAUCAGAUGCUACAUCUGCACCCAAAAGUUGUGUAACCCUCAUGCCCUACACCCUGGUCACGCCACACUACCCACCCGUCUGCAGGCCUGUCCUGCUGCUGCCCUCUGUCCUGGGACGCAUCCUGGACAAGAAGCUGGCAAGCUGGCAAGGCUUUCAGCUCUGCGAGCCAGAGGUGCUGACCUCCAGCGAGCACGCGGCCCGGCUCCAGAAGUCUGAGAUCCUGGAGGAGGUUGAGCAGGGCGGAAACUCCUGCUACACCCUGCAGAGUGUCGAGAAGGUCAUGAAGAAGGGCAUCCACUGCGUGUUGCCGUUAGGGCUCGACUGCGUGCGCCGGCUGCAGCGCUCUGAGAUCUUCCCCAUUAUCAUCUUCAUUGGCCAGUCUGCACGUAGUGCACGUAAACUCAGGUCAAAGCUGCACCGCCACGGUCAGACGGAGGAGCAGCUGCUGGCGUGUUCGAGCAGCGAGGAGCCGCUGCUGGACAAGCUGCCGUGUCUGUAUCACAGCGUGGAUCCAGACUCCUGGUGCGACCAGACCUCCCUGCUGAACAGCCUGCGCACCAUCAUCUGGGAGGAGCAGAAGAAGAUCGUCUGGGUGGAGCCUGACCUGUGGUGAUGCAAGCAGUGGAGCAGAGGAAACUCUCAGAACAUUUAUGUAAACAAUAUUAAUUUCUUAAAGGGCUUUUUUCUUCUGGGUCAUUAACAUUAACAGGAUAAAUAAGCUUUACAAGAAAUGUUUUCGCAAACAUGAGUAUGUAUCUGUGAUACUAAUGAGUAACUGGAGGUCUGGUUAGUAUGUGUAGCUGUGUUGUUUACUGAGAAACAUGAUGUACACUGCAUGUUGCCUCACUUUUUGACGUAUUUGUUUAAAACAAACGUGUAGUGUUCUCUAAAGACACUGAACUUACUGUAACAGCUUGUUUGUACUGCAUCUGUACGAUAUGUUGUAAAUAAUUUUCCAUUCCCUGCAUCUGUUGUCUUGUUAGUAUAAAUGCAGCUGCUUUUAAAAUUAAACCCUUAAUUUAGAAUAAAAGAAAAAGACAAAAAAUUUUUAAAAGAGGAACAUCUGUCAUUCUUAAACUGAAGUUUGAAAUGCUUUCAGAGCAUGAUCUGAGGAACCUGGUCUACAAGCUGAAGCAUCAUUGAUGAUAGUGAACCCCAAAUUACCUGUGAUUCAUCCUGUGAGUGUGAAAGAAUA